AUGGUCGAAAUCGAGGAUCCCGUUGUACCGCGGCGUCUCGACUACCAAACGUUGUACAAUAACGGCGUCGGCCGCAUCGAAUACAAAUGCGGACGCUGGGUGCACAUGGCUCUGCCUGGGCCCCCCCGCGCGCCGCGCGCGCCCAACCGCAACAGCCUGGUGGUCGCGAUUGGCGGCGACUGCUUGAGGAACCAUGGCACCGGACGCGCAGCGAUAGGCGUCUUCUGGGGAUAUGGCAAUCCGAACAACGUCUCGAGCGCGCUAGACUCGUAUCCGGGUCCACGCACCAUAGUCAUGUCGGAGCUCAGCGCCUGCUGUCGGGCACUACGCGAUGGCAUCCGCAUCCAGCAGCAACGCGAAAACUGUAUGCCGCUGCAGCGGCUGGUGGUGAAAUCGGACUCGGAGCGGGUGGUGAGCGGGGUCACGGAGCAUAUGCCUCACUGGAUAGCCAACGGGUGGCGGAGUGCCCAUGGAGGACCUAUCCCGUAUGGGGCGUUCUACCUGGAGAUCAAAAACUUGAUCGCGGAGCUGGAAAACGAGGGGACGGCGGUGGAUUUCUGGUUUGUGUCCCGAAGACUGAAUUCUGAUGCUCGACGGAUGGCGAGGAAUGGCCUCCGCCGUGAUCCUUGA